AACGUUUUUUGUUAAGAAGAAGUUGAAGACGAAACGAAACAAUAAACCGCUCUUAAAAUUAGAAACCAAAUAAACACGCGUCGAAGAAGUUUUACUAAAAUGGGAAAAAAAUAAAGGUAGCGCUAUUUCGCACGAUAACUUGUGACGAUUAGCGUUAUUUGCAAAGAGUCGCGCGAUCUCUCGUCUCUCUUGCAGUUAUGCAGUUAUGACUCGCGUCUAUGAAUUUAGGUUUCUUAUUAUAAAUAAAUCGGCCUCUCAGUCUCUAAUAUCAAACAGUUCCCUAUAAUUGGAAUCGGAAGUAGGGUUGGGGCAAAGGAAUUCGAGAGUAGGCAAUGGCUCCCUUCUGUUUGCGAGGUCGUUUUAGCAACAACAAACGUUCCAAAUUGCAAUGCAAGAAUAAAAAGAAGAAGAGUGGGAUGAAGGACAUGCAAGAAAGGUUUGAGAAGCUGAAAGUGGAGAUGGAGGAAAUCAGCGAUGAACAGAAGAAUAUAAGAGAAGGGCAAAGGCAAGUGAGGGAAAAAUUUGAAGCGAUUGAAAGUGAGUGUGAGGAAUUGAAGAGGGAAACAAGACUCAUUAUCCAGAAAAGUGCCCGGACCCAAAUCAAGCUGGUUCUUAUGUUCCGAAUUUUGAAAGCUAGGGAACAGGGUGACCUAGCCACUGCUGCCAAUUUCACUCACUUGCUUCGUGAAAUAGUAGGAAGAGAGGAUGAGGAAAGGCAAGCUUCAGGCGACAAUUGAGCUGCAAGGAGGAACUUCUUCUGCUGGUAGAAAUAUUAAGCAUGGAAUUUAGUGUGUUUUUAAAGUGGUUGCUGUCUUUUAGCAUUGGGGUUUGUUGUUAUGAACUUAUGUUUACUUUCUUUAGUUUGUUCCAUGUUGGGUAUUUUAUGUGAUAAUUACUCUCUUUAGUUUGGUAUGAACUUCUUUAUGCAAUCUAUAAGGUUCUAUUAGAUAAUUUUAUUAAUGGUGCCA